UUUUUUUUCAGGUUCUUGAAUGCUGGAAUAUUUGGCAAUGGUACCGAAUCAUGCCACACAUUGCCUCAUUCUGCAACAAGAGCGGCGAUGUUGGUCAGAAUCAACACCCUGUUGCAAGGAUACUCGGGCAUCAGGUUUGAUAUCCUGGAAGCCAUCACCAAGUUCCUUAACCAUAACAUCACACCAUGUUUGCCACUCCGCGGCACAAUCACUGCAUCGGGCGACCUGGUUCCGUUAUCCUACAUUGCUGGACUCUUGAUCGGCAGGCCUAACUCAAAGGCGGUCGGGCCCAACGGGCAAGUACUGAACUCCAGUGAAGCCUUCCAACUUGCUGGUAUCAGUAGUGGAUUCUUCGAGUUGCAACCUAAAGAGGGUCUUGCACUAGUGAAUGGCACAGCAGUUGGCUCUGGCUUAGCUUCAAUGGUUCUUUUUGAGGCUAACGUACUUGCUAUUCUAUCAGAAGUUUUAUCAGCAAUUUUCGCGGAAGUUAUGAAUGGAAAACCUGAGUUUACUGACCACUUGACACAUAAAUUGAAGCACCAUCCUGGCCAAAUUGAAGCUGCAGCUAUAAUGGAGCACAUUUUAGCUGGCAGCGGGUAUGUUAAAGCAGCUCAAAAGUUGCACGAAAUCGAUCCUCUUCAGAAGCCGAAACAAGACAGAUAUGCUCUUAGAACAUCUCCUCAAUGGCUAGGCCCUCAGAUUGAAGUGAUUCGCGCAGCGACCAAAAUGAUCGAGAGGGAGAUAAACUCUGUGAAUGAUAAUCCAUUGAUUGAUGUUUCAAGGAGCAAGGCACUACACGGAGGCAAUUUCCAGGGGACCCCAAUUGGUGUUUCCAUGGACAACACACGUCUUGCCAUUGCUUCCAUUGGUAAACUCAUGUUUGCACAGUUCUCCGAGCUGGUUAAUGACUUCUACAACAAUGGAUUGCCUUCAAAUCUUUCUGGCGGUCGCAAUCCCAGCUUGGAUUAUGGAUUCAAGGGUGCUGAAAUUGCGAUGGCAUCUUACUGUUCUGAACUUCAAUUCCUUGCCAAUCCUGUCACCAAUCAUGUCCAGAGCGCUGAGCAACACAACCAAGAUGUGAACUCUUUAGGCCUUAUUUCUUCAAGAAAAACAGCUGAAGCUGUUGACAUAUUGAAGCUCAUGUCCUCUACUUACUUGGUUGCUCUAUGCCAAGCCAUUGACUUGAGGCAUUUGGAGGAGAACUUAAAGAACACUGUGAAGAACACAGUGAGUCAAGUGGCCAAGAGAGUCCUGACAAUGGGAUUCAAUGGCGAACUUCACCCAUCAAGGUUCUGCGAAAAAGACUUGAUUAAAGUCGUCGACAGGGAAUACAUUUUCGAAUACAUCGAUGAUCCCUGCAGCGCAACCUAUCCAUUAAUGCAAAAACUAAGGCAAGUCCUAGUUGAACAUGCCAUGGCCAAUGGAGACAGAGAGAAAAACUCGAGCACUUCAAUUUUCCAGAAGAUUGGAGCCUUUGAGGAGGAACUAAAAACCCUUCUCCCCAAAGAAGUUGAAAGCACGAGAAUCGAAAUCGAGAAUGGAAAUGCAGCAGUUCCAAACAGGAUCAAGGAAUGCAGGUCCUAUCCAUUGUACAAAUUUGUGAAAGAAGAACUGGGAACAAGUUUCCUUACUGGUGAGAAAGUAAGGUCACCAGGUGAGGAAUUUGACAAAGUUUUCUUAGCAAUGUGUGCAGGGAAGUUGAUUGAUCCCAUGAUGGAAUGUUUAAAGGAAUGGAAUGGAGCUCCUCUUCCUCUAUGCUAGGAUGUGUUCACUACACUAUAAGGAUACUGUUUUUUUCUUUAUUUUUUCAUGUGCUUAUGGAUUUGAUUACAUGUUGAUUUGUACUUGAAAAAAAACUUGUUAAUUCAA